AUGUCUCCCCGGACCCUCCCCUCCCGGUCCUCCACCGCCCCCUCCUCCGACUCCGACCCGAUCCUCACCCCAGAAACUCCCAGUCCCGCCCCCGCUACCUCCACCUCCACACCCGCGCCCCCAAGCAGCCGUCUCCCCGACGCCAAACCGCCCUCCUCCCCUUCUCCCGCCCGCAGAGCGCCCCACCCCAAGCUCCGCCUCGAGAUCCGCGACCUCUCCCACCAAGGCGCCGCCCUCUUCCUCCGCUCCGUCAACCCCGCCACCAUCCUCUCCCCCGCCGUCGCGUCCAUCUACCGACUUCUCUACUCCUCCUCUUCUUCUUCUUCUUCUUCUUCUUCUUCCUCCUCCGCCGCAGUCCCCGCCCCUCCCACCCGCUCCGUCACCCUCAUCCUCCGCUCCAUGGGCGGCGUCGCCUACACCACCUCCACCGACCUAGACCGCGACCACAAGGAGAUCCACUUCUCCCUCGACUACAUCGCCAACAUCCGGCCCCGCGACCGCGUCGCCCACGAGAUCGAGGGCGUCCUCACCCACGAGCUCGUCCACUGCUACCAGUACGACGGCACCCGCCUGCGCUACAACGACAGCAACGACUUUUCCGACCAAGACGACCAAGGCGACGACGACGACAAUAACAACAGUAGCGGGAACCCCAACGACGACGCCCGCGACGCCCGCUGCCCCGGCGGCCUCAUCGAAGGCAUCGCCGACUGGAUCCGCCUCCGCUGCGACCUCGGCCCCCACUGGCACCGCGACGAGAAGCAGAGCGCCCGCCGCGCCAAGUCGUGGGACCGCGGCUACGAGUCCACCGCCUUCUUCCUCGACCAUCUCGAGUCCCGCUUCGGCCACGGCACCGUUGCCCGUAUCAACGGUAGGCUGCGCGUCUCCGGGUACCACGAGGACCGCUUCUGGCCCGCCCUCCUCGGCGAGUCCAUCGAGGAGCUGUGGGAGGAGUAUUGCUGUGCCGGUGAGCCUGAUGACAACAACGGAGACGGAUGUGACAAGGGGAAGAAGUAG